GUAGAGUUUGGUGGUUGAGAGCAAGUACAUGUACGAUCGGAACGAUAAAAAUCCUCAUCAUAUUAGCAAGCAUCGUAAAGAGAUAUUAAGAUGAGUGAAACGGUAAAAAUAAAAUACGGAAUUUUGACCGGUAUGUACGUGACAGUAUAUACCGGAAAAGAUCUACGAGAAGAUGCAACAGCAUAUAGUACAGAGAUGAGCGAUUUGAUAGAUUGUAUUAAAAAUACAAUAACGCAAAAAUAUGACGUAGAAGUAAAUGAUAUAUUGCUACCAUUUGAUGACAUGAUGGCACAAAUAAAUUCUUGGUGCAAUGAAUUUGUUGAUACUAUUUUUAUUAUUGGUCAUCCAUAUUAUUCUAAUAAAUAUAAGGAUUUGAUGAAAAAACUAUAUAAUAAAAAUAUAAAUAAGACUAUAGAAAAAGUUGAAAAAAGUUUGAAUAAACAUAUUAAUAAUGAAGGAUACGCACAUAUAUUAGAAAACAUAAAGGCGAAUUUAGAACCCAAGUUUCAUCGAAGUAUAUGUGGACUUCUAAAAGCAACGCUAAUCAUUAAUUUAUUUGGCUUCAAUAAAGAAGAAGCAGUAAUAUGCAUUGAUGUAAUUGCAACACUAAUGCAGCUUAAAAAUACGAUAAUGACACAAUUAAUACAGGAAGAAGAGAAUAAAAAGAAAAUAAAUCAAGCUACUUCAUCUUCUUCAAAAGAAACUACUACAUCUUCUUCAAAUAAUACAGAUCAGGUAGAGGAAGAUGAGAUCAAACCCCAUAAAGAAUCACAUACAGAUGAGGAAACUGACAUGUCGCAUUACACGUGUAAAUUUGUUGCUUCUAUUUUUUCUCCACCUAUAACGAAGAUAAAAUUAGAUAAAUUCACCAAACUUUGCGAGACAUCUCUUAUAGACUAUACACCUCCUUUGUCUGAAGAACAGAUUCCUUUACAAUUGGAUGUUGCGAGUGAAGUCACUACUGGCGCGAAAUCAUCUUCGUCUGAGACAUUUAUAACUGAGACGUCUGAUGUAUCAAUGAUGGAGGAGAUGAUCAUCUCAAGUCCAGACGAGGAAUCUUCUUUGCCUGAAGUCGCCGAGGAGAAACUGGGAAACAUGAUUUGUCAACAAUAUCCCAUGAUUGCUGUAAGAGAUGCAUUGUUGAAAAUACAACGAAAAGUAAAAUUUAGAUACGAAGCAUGUGAUUUUGUAAGCACAUAUGAGGCUUAUGGCAGAAUAUUGGGCGACUACGUAUAUUCUGAUUACGAUGUGCCAGCAUUUAGAUGUGCCGCUAAACAUGGAUACGCAGUAUUGGCAAGUGAUGGUGAAGGCAGAAGAGUAGUAUUGAGCGGAACUACAUCCGAUCCAAUAUCUCUCAUUCCUGGGACAUGCAUGUAUGUGAAGAGCGGAGCGCGUGUACCUGACGAAGCAACAGCGGUUGUGCCAAUUAAGGAUGUAGAACAAAUAAUAAUAAAUGAUGACACGCAUGAUUCAAUUCUGAUAAAGAUUAAACCAGAAUUCGGGCAGAAUAUUAAAGAUAUCGGUAGCGAUAUACCGAAAGAAAAACUAACUAUACACCCAUACACACGUAUUGGUCCAGCGGAAUUAGGAAUUUUGGCAGCUACGGGUCGUAAAGCAGUUCCAGUCAUUAAACAUGUGUCCGUAGGUAUAUUUUCAAUUGGAGAUUUAUUAGAGGAACUUACAGAGCCUUUAAGAUCGGGAUAUGUUUAUGAUAGCAACAGAAUAAGCUUAAUCGCGCUAUUAAAAGAUAAAGGUUUUAAUUCGAUAAUGGAUUUCGGAAUUGUGACGGAAGAUAUACUACCUAUAAAGAUGAAAAUCAAAGACGCUUUAAAGCAAGUGGUCGUACUCGUGACAAUAGGCUGCUCGAACGAUAAUGAUUUAUUGAAGCCCAUUUUAAAGAAUGACUUUGACGCCACUAUACAUUUUGGAAACGUAUUUCUGAAACCGGGAAAGUCGACAACAUUCGCAACAUGCAUGUUUGACGACAAACUGAAGUAUCUUGUAUGUCUACCUAAAAAUCCGGUAUCUACUUUCGUUUCCGCGCAUCUGUUCCUUUUACCUAUUUUGAACAAGUUGCACCACAUUAAAAUGCCUUGCAAAAUUCCAGCUCGCAUAUACGAGCGGUAUAUCUUGCAUUCGCGUCCUAGAGCGGCAUGGGCGACUUUAAAAUGGAAUAAGGAGGAUAAUUUCGCGACGGCUUUUAGCAGAGAAAAUCUCGACAGUGAUAAGUCAUCGAGCAGUCAAGCCGCUAAUGCGCUCUUACUGUUGCCGCCACAAACAGAGGAUCAGAAGGUGAUGUGUGAGUCAUUUGUACCUGCGUGUCCAAUCAAAUAAUUAAGCGUUAAUAACAGAUGCUUCUCAUGGAUUAUCAUCAAUAGCAUUUUAUGACGAAAUAAUUGCGUACAUAAUUAGGUAUAUUCGAUUACGUAUAUACUAUAUGUAUAUAUGUUUAUAUAUAAAGUGUUCGGUAAUAACUAUCGAAAAUCGCUAAAUAGUAUAGGACUUUUUUAUUCAAUUUAACACGUUUCACCUGUACACGAGAGGUGAUACGGAUA